ACCCCGCGGCUCGCCGCAAUCGGAAAACUGGCGUCCAGAUCGCCUACGGAGCGUUUGAGCCUGAUUUCCAGACACCUGGACCAGCGUCUCCCAUUGCCUGACCUCAAUACUCCCUUCUCGACCGAAAGAAAUUCACUAUUUCCCGACGACAUCGAAUAUAAACCCAUUGACCGCUCCAUUCCUCCUGCCCCUCUCUCACCAACUCCCACUAUGUCUAUCCAAACCCCUCACAACACCCUCCUGAUCCCAGGACCCAUCGAAUUCGACGAUGCCGUCCUCCAGUCUAUGUCCCACUAUGCUGAGAGCCACGUCGCCCCCGGCUUCGUCAAGGUCUUCGGCGAGACCCUAACUCUCGUCCGCAAGGUCUUCCAAUCCACCAACCCCACCGCGCAGCCCUUCAUCAUCGCCGGAAGCGGCACGCUGGGCUGGGAUCUUGUCUCCGCCAACCUGAUCGAGCGCGGGGAGAACGCCCUCGUUCUUAACACCGGAUACUUCGGCGACUCCUUCGGCCAGUGCCUCGAGACAUAUGGUGCUAACGUCACCCACCUUAAGGCACCCAUCGGCGAUCGCUCUUCGCUCGAGGAAGUGGAGCAAGCUCUGAAGGAGAAGUCGUACAAGGUCAUCACCCUCACACACGUCGACACCUCGACCGGCGUCCUUUCCGACGUUAAGGGCGUAGCACAAUUGGUGCGCCGCGUCAGCCCAGACACCCUCGUGGUCGUGGACGGCGUGUGCAGUGUCGGCUCGGAGGAGAUCGCCUUCGACGAGUGGGAUCUCGAUGCCGUCCUCACAGCUUCGCAGAAGGCCAUCGGCUGCCCACCCGGUCUCAGCAUCGUCAUGACAUCCGGACGCGCCAUCCAAGCCGCCCAGUCGCGCAAGACCCCGCCUAGUUCUUACUAUGCCUCUAUCGCCAACUGGCUCCCUAUCAUGAAGAACUACGAGAACAACAAGGCCUCUUACUUCGCUACCCCACCCACCCAGCUCGUCCACGCCCUCCACACCACCCUCACCCAGAUCACCGUUGAUGUCCCCGCCCGCUUCGCUAUCCACGCCAAGGUCUCGGAUAAGGUCAAGGCUGCUGUUGCCGAGCUUGGUCUGAAGCAGGUCGCUUCCCGCCCUGAAUGCCAGGCUCAUGGCAUGACUGCCAUUUACUUGCCUGAGGGUCUGGUUCCGGCUGAUGUCCUGCCUGGUCUGCUCAAGCGGGGUGUCAUCUUUGCAGCUGGCCUGCACAAGGAGAUUGCUACUAAGUACAUCCGGUUCGGCCACAUGGGUGUCAGUGUCACUGAUCCCAAGCGUGGUGACAUUGACAAUGCCCUGACAGCGCUCAAGGAGGCUCUGGCCGAGGCCAAGCAGGCUAAGGGUCUGUAA